AUGUCUCCGCUUUUUGUCCCCAACAAUCGUUCGCCGCAGGAUGAAGGGGCAGAAGAGAUAGGGGUUGCGGGCAUAGGAGCCGAACAGGCAAGCAGCCUAGAAAGGCAACAGUUGAAAGAUGCACGCCACGAGCGACGCCAACAGAAGCGAGCAAAGAAGUUUCGGAGGCGACAGCAACGAGAGCAAAGGAGGCACCACUCCUCACGUGCCGACCGUCAUUCGACAUUUUCCAGAAACUUGUCAACACUACCUCCCCAGUCUGGCAUGGAAAUCGACCGCGUUUAUUCGGAAGGUAGCGGCAUGAAAGAGGCAUUGGAACCGAUCGCCGAGACCGAAUCCGGAUCAUCUGGAAGGAUGAGUAUAAUAGGUGAAAAUGAGCAGGGUCUUCCUGAUAUGGACCCGUCGGUAGCCGAUGAACUUGAACACGGUGAACCUAUUGAGGAGGAGCAAAGUUUCAGCGAAAAUGAAGAAUUAGAAAGCCACGCUGAGUUAGGAUUCGAGGACGAGCAGCCGCGAGGAGGGAGGGAAGAGAGCAUAGCUGGGAGGGAGUCCCUGGAAGAUGCUAACAUGGGAGAGCAUGCAAGCGAACAAGAGGACGAAGCCACAGAAACAGCAGCGCCACCUUCUCCGGCGGAAGAAGUUCAAAAGGCACUGGAUACGUUAGAAGGACGUAGGCGAUCCAGGAUCGAAUCGGGGCCAUCUAGGAUUGUGGGUACACCAUAUGACCCGACACAGCAGCGUCAAAAAACGCCAAAGCUAUCCAUACCGGCCCAGGAAACUCUGGAGCAGGAUAUAAACGCACUGCUACAAACGGCCGCCCAGGAACCGACAGCAAGACCUACUACUGAGAUUAAUUUCCUCGAGGCACAGCGUCGUCCUUUGUCAGGAAUGAAUGAAGAACAGAGUUCAUGGCCCAUGGUUAGUCAAGUUGGACAGACUCGGGACCGGCAGCAGGCAGGACCGGAAGAAUCCUUGGGCUCAGCCGAGUUCGACCCGCAGCCAGAAUUUCCGAGCUCUAUCGAUCAGAGCUCUCGACGCAAUGGGAUGGCAAAUAUCCAGGCCGAACAGGAAGCACGACAGUCGGAGUCUAUAUCGCCAGACGCAUCUCCGCACGUUCACGUCGUCGCAGAUGCUCCACAGCAGGACAAUGUGACGGAGCGUCCCUCGUCGUCACCACGAAUGAACAUAGCCAGGCCAGAGGAGCCGUUGGGGAAACAAGACCGAUCUUCCGGACGAGGACAAGGAGCGAACGACACCACCAAGCGCCCUGAGGUAACAAUCAUGUUCCGUGCACGUGAUGAACAGGGCGAAUGGAAUCGCUUGAUCCACAAAAUGGUGGUUGAGCGAUCGGACCCAUCUCCAGUGGGGCGGAUGGCAGCCAAGCAGGCGCGAGCACGCAAGGCAACCUAUUAUGACCAGAAUCUACGGCAGGUUCCCCCUGGGCAGUGCUUCGAUGCGGCAAUUGCCGACGGCACGAACACGGUUUUUGUGACAUUCGGCGACGACCUGGCUGUAAAUGAAGAGACAGUGGAUUCCAUCACACGGGCACUCCAAGCCGACCGCGAUGAUCAUCGGCCGGCGAAACGCAAGCAGACUUGA